GUCAUCCUUCACUCACUAUCCGAUUCCUUCAAAGCCCUCCGUACUAACCUAAACCAGACAUGCGCGCAAAGCCCGACCAGGAAUCCAUCCAGAAGCUGCACGCCAAACUCCUCGAAGCCUCCGCCGUCUACUCCAAGGACCACGAGACCCUCUCGUGGUUCGUCAUGCAGUCCGUCCACGACCCCCAGGACUUCUGCAUCGUCGAGCGCUACCUCCACGAGAGCUCGCAGAAGUACCACCUCGAGAACCCCUACUGGAAGACCUUUGACCCCUACGUGAUUCCUCUGCUGGAGAAGGAGAUGGACUUGCGCCGGUUCGAGGAGCUUGUCUAAAUGUCGGAAUUUUGUUGUGAGGAAUUUGCGUCAUGAUGUUAUAGUUACAGAGCAUAGAAAUCUUGGGUCGUUGAUCGAUCGGUAAAUUAUCCAAACGUCGCUCGCU